AUGGUUCACUUACAAAUAAACGGCAUCUUAAGCCUAGCAUGGCUCGGUCUCCCUAUAUUUGCGAAGGCAUUAUCGACCGACCCAGCAACCUCACCAUCUGCAGAUACAAAACUUGUAUGCCCCACGGACAACCAAGCAGAAUGUUACCCCCGAAUCUUUCAACCAACGAAAGACUUCCAAAUCAUUAAGCCUGGGCAAGAUAUCCCACCAGGCCUUCACGUUCGGCUAAAUAUAUCCUCUGGCUUGAAAGAAGCUCGCUUCAACAUUCCUAUGGAGGGCGAAGAUGUUGCGCUGGAACUUCACAUUCCCACAGAACAAGCCAUGAUCGUGAUUGAUGAUGUCGAAGUGAAACCCUCGGAAGAACCACACCCAUCUCCAAGCCCGCCGGCUUACAGUAGCCACGGGAAGAUACAACCCCCACCACCUUCAUCAUCUGACUUCGAUUCAUUUCGAACUUCUCUUGCCUUAUUAAAGAAACAAGAUGCAUCCCUCAAUCUAGCACUGACUUCUCUUUCUGAGCUGUCUCACGACAUUUACUACGGAUCGGAACUCAUGGCUGACGAAGAAGCUGUUUCGGCCUUGAUUUGCCUCAUGGCCAUGGAGCCUUUGCGAUCCGAAGAUGAAAACGAUCGUUCGGCCUCCGCAAUUCUUUCUGGUUCUCUACAGAACAACCCCACUGCCGCCACCUCCCUCUCUUCAUUUCAUGAUAUCGUCAUGGUACCUACUUGUCCCAGGCUUCGCGAAAAAGGAUUAAGUCUCAUUCCCGCACUCCACCAAAAAUUAUCAACACCGAGCAUCUCACCUUUGUCUCUCAAAUCUCAAAUAUCGGCCCUUAGUGGCCUAUUGAAAUCAACCCUAAUCCAAAAGUCUUUCAUCGAGCAAGACGGCAUUUCGUACCUACAGUCUGUCUUCUUAAAGUCUGGACCUGAGUAUGAUCUUGCUCGCAAAGGUGUUGUACAACUCUUGAUGGACAAUUUCUUGGACGAAAGCAUGGGUGCGCAAAUGGGAGUAUGGCCAAAGGCAGAUAUAGUUCAGAAGGGGGAGAAGGAAUGUAAUGGCGAUGUUGUUAGUGAUGAAUGUUGGGCAUGGUAUGGGAAGAAAUUUUAUGAAACGGAUGGUGGUAAGAAAGACUGGAUGGAGCAGUUUCUGGAGAGGAUAGGAGAAGGUGGUCAGGGUGGGGAGAGAGAUAGGGAACUAUGA